AUGGCGGAUGAAAGUGGAGCCUCGCAGCGGGAUCCCCCGGAACUAGAUGAGGAUGAGGAGGCUGCGGGCACUGACAGCGACACCGAGGGGGAGGACAUCUUCACCGGGGCUAGUAAACAAGUAAUCGCUCCAGAGCCCAAGAAGGAGACUCCACAGGAAACCUCAAGAGAAAAUGGCCUCUUCCUGGAUGAUGAUGACCAGGAUAUUUUUGCAGAAUCUACCGUCAAGCUGUCAGUGGACAGUUCUCACAGUAGUCAGAAGGAGGAGCCGCAACUCACAACCCCUAUGCUCAUUGCAGCAGCCUCUGCACCCCCCAAGCAGAAGACCUAUGAAGAGUUAGAAGAGGAAGAGCAAGAGGACCAGUUUGAGCUUAACAUCAAUAUCACAGACCCUGAGAAGAUUGGUGAUGGAAUGAAUGCGUAUGUAGCUUAUCAAGUUUCAACCCGGACCAAUUUACCAAUGUUCCGAAGCAAAAAUUUUACUGUGAAGAGAAGGUUCAGUGACUUCCUGGGCCUGUACGAGAAGCUGUCAGAGAAGCAUUCCCAGAAUGGGUUCAUUAUCGCUCCACCUCCUGAGAAAAGCCUCAUAGGUAUGACUAAAGUGAAAGUUGGGAAAGAGGAUUCCUCUUCAGCUGAGUUUUUGGAGCGAAGACGAGCUGCUCUGGAGAGGUACCUGCAGAGAAUUGUCGCCCACCCAACACUAUUACAAGACCCGGAUGUUCGUGAAUUUUUAGAAAAGGAUGAGCUUCCUCGUGCUGUCAGCACUCAGGCUCUGAGUGGAGCUGGACUCCUCAAGAUGUUCAAUAGAGCUACUGAUGCUGUCAACAAAAUGACCAUCAAGAUGAAUGAAUCUGAUGUUUGGUUUGAGGACAAAUUUCAAGAGGUGGAAUGUGAGGAGCAGCAUCUGCGGAAACUACAUGCAGUGGUGGAGACUCUAGUAAAUCACAGAAAAGAGCUGGCUGUGAAUACAGCUCAGUUUGCCAAGAGCCUGGCCAUGCUGGGGAGCUCAGAGGAUAACACAGCUCUUUCCAGAGCCCUAUCCCAGUUAGCUGAGGUGGAAGAGAAGAUCGAACAGCUACAUCAGGAACAAGCCAACAGUGACUUUUAUCUGCUUGCUGAGCUUCUAGCAGAUUACAUCCGCUUACUGUCUGCAGUGCGAGGUGCUUUUGACCAUCGAAUGAAGGCUUGGCAGCGCUGGCAGGAUGGCCAGUCAACAUUACAGAAAAAAAGGGAGAAUGAGGCCAGGCUGUUGUGGGCCAACAAACCAGAUAAAUUACAGCAAGCCAAGGAUGAAAUAUCUGAGGUAAGAAAAAAAAAACAAAAAACUCUGGGACAAGGAAAGGUGCAAGACUGCUUCACUAAGAGAAUGUGA